UCAAAGUUAUCCACGAUGGGUACCAUAGCUACGGAAAGACUGGACUUGGUAGUGCUUGGUGCAACAGGAUUCACGGGAAAACAUACGGUGAAGAAUUUGGUGAAAAUAAUAAAAGCAAACAAUUACAACUUCAGUUGGGGAAUCUCGGGGCGGUCGAAGGAGAAAAUUCAAAAUUUGCUGACUGAUCUGGAGAAAAUAGGCGAGGAAAAAACAAAAAUAACCGUAAUAGAAUGCGAUAUUAAGAGGGAUGACAUCAGGAACGUUACACGAAAGGCUAAGGUUCUCAUCAACUGUACUGGACCCAACACGAUUCUCAGCGAACCUAUAGUGAAGGCGUGCGUGGACACCAAAACGCACUAUGUUGAUAUUUCCGCGGAAUUAUAUCACAUGCUCAACUUACACAGAACGUUCAAUGAGAGCGCAGAAGAAGCUAACAUCGUGGUGAUUCCAGCUUGCGGGUUUGCAGUCAUUCCUGCCCUGACGGGCUUGAUGUAUUUGGAACAACAUUUUAAAGGUGAAGAAAAAACUAAAAUCAUAGUAACAGAAUGUGACAUCAAGAAGGACGAUAUCAGGAACGUGACAAGAAAGGCUAAGGUUCUUAUCAACUGUACUGGACCCAACACGAUUCUCAGUGAACCUAUAGUGAAGGCGUGUAUAGACACUAAAACGCACUAUGUCGAUAUUUCUGCCGAAUUAUAUCACAUUCUUAACUUAUACCGAACUUUCAAUAAGAGCGCAGAAGAAGCAAACAUCUUGGUGAUUCCAGCUUGCGGUUUUGCAGUCAUUCCUGUCAUGACGGGUUUGAUGUAUUUGGAACAACAUUUUAAAGGGUCAUUGAAUGCAGUGGAAUGUUAUGCCGAACUAAUGAUACCAAAGAGGGCCUACAUCCCUGGCCCAAACAAAUGUCUACUCCACUAUGGGACUUGGGGGUCCCUAGUUCACGAAAUGCAGAAUAUGAAAGAGUAUCGAAGACUAAAAGCCGAGAUAUUCCCACAGAACAUUUAUGACCCAGAUCUACCAGAGAUAGAAAGAUCGUUUUUCCACAAAACCAAAGGGAAGUUAUGGUACCCAUACCCUGGCCCCGAUGAGUAUGCUGUAGAAAUGUCUCAAAGAUACCUUCAUGAGAAAAAGGGCAAGAAAGCGUUCCGUUGCAAAGUCUACACGACCAUGCCGACCUGGUUCCAUCUCAUUAUAAUGAUACCAGCUAUGUAUCUUUACUACUACUUCUGCUACUUAAAGUGCUUCAGGAACUUAUUAUGGAAGUACCCACGUUUCUUCACCCUAGGCUAUGUGUCACAUAAAGGUCCAGCCGAAGAAAUGGUUAAGGAUAUAAAAUUCGCAUUCACGUUCAAUGGAAGUGGGACUGAUGAACAUGAACAGAAAAAAUCUUUGUCAGUCAAAAUUACCGGAUGUGACCCAGCAUAUCAAACUACAUCUAUGACGUUGCUUGUAGCAGCUUUAACGAUUUUGACGGAGAGCUCGAAGAUGCCGAAAGGAGGAGUCUUACCAGUUGGCGCAGCUUUUCAAGACACUCAAAUUAUUGACAAUAUUAUGAGAAAUAAAGCACUUACUUAUGAAAUUAUAGACAGUUAGGGUUAAAAAGGAAUUCGGUUUUUUUUUAUUUUUAGUUAAUACUUUAUAAACAUAUGUUAUUAUUUAAAUAUAAUGCAUACUUAAUGGUUUUUCUUGUAACUAAUAUAUAAUUUAAAUUUAACUGCUUAAGUACUUAUUUAAAUCUUGGUAUUUAAUAGUUGAAUACAUGGUGUUUCGAUACCUUA